AUGAUUGAUGAACAGCUGAGUGCGGAAUUUGGUGGCGGUCCUCCAGCUCAGGCCGAUUUGAAUGCAAAUCCGUCGCCGAAUACCAGUGCUCCAGCAACGCCGAAUACUGCUAGCCAAGGUCAAGGAACAAAUAAUCAAAGGGGUAGCCGAGAAUCUGGUGGCAUUGUACGACCACGUCGAGCUUUCGUAUUGGUAACAAAUGGCCGAAGACUAGGAGCGCGACCUCCUUCACAAAGAUCAUCUUCACAAACAUCAACAAGUGCUACAGCGCCAUCAUUUCGAACCAUUCAAACGGUUCAAUCUCGUCCACCAUCUGUUCAGGAAACACAAUCAACGUAA